AUGCAGCUCUUCGCCACCGUCGCCGCUGCCCUCGCGCUCUUCGCCGCGCCGAUCUUCGCCGCCCCCGCCGCGUCCCUCCACACGGUGGAGAAGUUCGCGGGCGCGACGAAGGCGCGCUCGUACAUCGUCAAGCUCCGGGACGGCGCGCCCACGAGUGCGCGGCGGGGCUCAAAGACCGACACUCGACGCGUGCACCUCCAGCUCGUCUGUUCAAACGUAGAGCAGGGGCACGGGCGCGCGAGCGCGUCCCCGCGGGCGAAGGCGAAGGCGCAGGACGUGGGCGUGGGCGCGCGCGUCCGUGCACAGUAA